AUGGGAGGAAAAGAGUACACUCUAAAGUGUACACUUGGCUUGAUAUUGUUUGUAGUGCUACUGUGGCAACUUGAGACAAAUUAUUUUCCCUCGAAUGAAAAUUCCAUCCCCAUGAGACCAGUUGCUGUAGGGAGAACGAAAAUGGAUGACAUGAAGGAACCUGUUAAGGAUAGUUCAAAGCUAAAGAUAAAAGCUGCGAAAAUCACAACACAGCACGGCAUAAAUGUAACAACCGAAGGAUCAGAGACAAAGCGUUGGCUUGUAGUAUAUUGGUCAACGUUUUUUGGAAGAAGGCUCAAUCUUCACGAAACAUUUGAAAAAGGUGACUGCCCAGUACCGUGUGAGUGGACUAGUGACCAAUCCAGAGCAAAAGAGGCAGAUGCCUUUUUAGUCCAUGCCAGGGACCCACAACCAGACCCACCAAUAAAAUCAGUGCCUUGGAUUCUGCAGACUCGAGAAAAUCCAAUUUACACACCGGUAUUGAACGACGCCAGCUUCAUGUCGAAAUUUAGCUACUUGAAAAGUUAUCGGCUGGACUCAGACUUUCCAGAUCCCUCUGUCUUGCUGCCUGGUGUAGCACCCCCUGUUCCUUUUAAGAAUAAGACUGGGCUCAUUAUGGCAGCUUUCUCAAAUUGCGAGGUAGUUCGAACCGAGUACAUGAGGCAGCUAAUGAAGUUUGUAAAGGUUGAUUCUUUCGGCGCCUGUCUAAGGAACAAUAAUAGUCUAGUGGGCAGGUAUGGCAAAAACAAACAGGGCACUGAUUUCAGAGAUGCUAAAUCCAUGCUGGCCAGACAGUACAAGUUCAACCUGGUGUUCUUCAACCAAGACUGUGAUUAUUUUGUGGAUGCUCAACUACACCACGCAAUGGAUGCAGGCUCGGUUCCUGUUGUCAUGGCUACAGAUAAGCUGGAUGAGUUUCUACCCGGGCCCUAUCUUAACCGUUCAGUGAUAAAAGUGCGUGAUUUCAAGAGCCCUCAACUGUUGGCUGAAUACCUCAAGUAUCUUAGCAACAACGAAACCGAGUACAAUAAAUAUCUGGGGUGGAAGUGGAAAGGAUAUGGCGACAUCACUGGAACUGCUAUCGGAAAUUAUUGGAUGCCAAAGUAUCCACUGUAUUGUCAAGUCUGUGUUGCAAUUUCGAAAGGGAAAGGGCCCAAAGAGGGUCUUAAACCAUUCAAUUGCAAACCAAGGAAAUUUGAAGACUGGGGAAUUACGAAAGGGGCCUGACUUAAGUCUACUUUUGUCAUUAAAGAGGACCCCGUUAGCUUAGCAAAAGAGUCAGAUAUGGUGAGAUAUAUCACUUUACAUGCACUUUCUCCAAUCACAUUAUGAGAAUGUGCAAGCGGAAGGAGACAGGCAAGAGUAACCUUUUCAGAAAUGAGGGUACUGAGAAAUCUUUUCGAGAACUUGCCAGGCCUGAAAUAAUGUUUGCCUUUGAAAUAAUAAAACUGUUAGUCAUCUGUGUUUUCUGUCGAAGCGACGAUCUCGGAUUGUGUAUAGUUUGUUAAUCUCACUCAGCCUGUUCAGCAUUUACUAGCGGAGCUCGCAGAGCGUAGCCCCAUAAUUACACAAAAUAGUAGUAACCGAUCAAGCCGAAAAAAUUUGGACUUACGACCGUACGACCGACCGUACAAGAUGCUACUUUUAACAUGCGCGGUCAACUGUAUCGCGGGCACACCAACGCCACGGCUUUGUCCAGUAGUCUAGUGGUCAGUGCACUGAGCUCCGAGUUGGACGACACGGGUCCUAGUCCUGGCCGGGGCAAGGAUUUGUGCCCUUAAGACGUGCGGGGAAAAAAUGCGAGCUCCGCUUUUAGGCUUGGCUAAAUCUAUAUAUUAUGUGAUGACGAGGAGGUAGAGAAAAACCUCAACCUGAAGGAGAGCCAGUUAAAAACUUAUUGUCAAUCCACGCAAUGAAGAUGUUUUCUAGAGGUUACUAUUCCCAAAAACCAAGCAUCGUUUUAUAAACAAAGGUUUGGGAAAUGAGGAAAAAAAUUUUUUUAAAAAUGGAAGGCUUGAGAAUACUGAAAGAAGCUAGAGUUGCUUAAUUUCGGGUACAACGUGAACAGCUCAUAAUUCCCCCGUACAUUCCAAACUUUUCAUGAGCAUCCAUAAAUCUGAACUCUAAACAUAAAUCAAUUCGCAAAUUUUCACAGGCCAGGUAGUAUUCAAGGAAAUAAGAUUUUGUCCAGUUCUGGGAAAAGUCAGAGAAUCACGUCUUUAGAUGAGGUCAGGGAGAAGUGAAAUCGCAAAGAAAUAUGAUCUUAUUCAUCUUGGCCUCUUCAAGAUGAAAGAUGCGAACACGGCAGGGACCACGGCAGGACGUGACCUCCGUGCCCCACCCCAUAUACACACCCACCCAGCUACCCUCACACACAAACGCAGCUUUGCCUUUGUUCACUGCAAAGUUUUAAGCGGUUUUCAGGUCAUUUGUUCGUAUCCCUAUGGCAGCAUGAAAGUGGAAUCGAAUGGAAAUAGAAUGGAAAGCUAUGCUCGAUUCGUUUUUUAAUUGAAAAUUAUAGACGAUUGGUAAUUUAUUGAGCUAUCAGCUUGUUCAUGGAGUUACUUGCAAGAACUGACCAAUCCGGGGCAAGGAGUUGUGUACAGGAAACAAGAUUGAAUUCCGCGUAAAUUAUUUGUCAUGUCUGCUUUCUUUGUCACGAGAGAUAAAAUAACUCUCUUCAAUCAAGUUUUCGUGGAGGAAAAUCUGAGCUCUGUACAUGUGCCGAUCUAAAUAAAACGAAGGAAUCAGUACACUUGAAGAGGACUUGAAGAGGUCUUGAAGGUAAUCUAAAGCCGAGAGAUAUAGUAACGAAGGUCUUCAAAAGGGCUGAGGGUGGCAUGCUCUUCUAUUCCCUAAAAUGAUACAAAGCUUUUCCCGCGUUCACUAGGAACGUUUAAAAACCGUUUUCAUUGAAUUUCUGUUUUGAUAUGUUCCCAUUACGUCCUUUUCCCGUACGCUGUUUUCCUGAUCCUCGUCAAAACUAUUCAAAGAUGGGAAAAAUACUUUUUUAGAGCUACCUCAAUCAAAAUCAACCUUAGGGGUAAAGCCAACAAUAAUCAAGUUGUGACUUGUAAUCAGAGAAAAUAUCGCUUGAUACGUGUCUAGUAUGUGUCUAGUUACAACUGCUACACAACGAUGCUAGUUAGUAACUGGAUUUAGCCGCUGGCUAAUUUGGGGCGCACUCGCUGAAGAGCAUGUGAGCCGAAUGCAACAUGGCUUCCCGCCAUGUCGAUGUCAACGAGCGUCGGCUUCGUCCUGUUUAUGGUACUUCUCUUUCGUUUUACCAGUUACAAAAAUUACUGAUAUAAAAGAGAGAUAAUUUUUGACCCUUUUUGUGCUAUAUUUUCAGAUGCGUUGGACAGUAUGAACAACAAACUGGCCAUCCAACUUGCAGACAAAAUUUUAAGGAAGCAGAAAGACCUGUACUGCGCCAAGGUAAAAGUUUCUGCGGACGGCAUGAAUCACGUUCAGUGAAAGUGUGAUUACGCUAAAUGUGUAGUAACAGGGUACAUUCAGUCCUUUGUUUGAAUUGCAGGCUCUUAAAGGACUGGCUUUAUUGCGAUCAGGAAAAACUGCUGAAAGCGAGACAAUUAUGGUGGAGAUUAUGGAAGCGAAACCAGCGGACGAUCCCACGCUUCAGGCAAUGACAAUUUGCUACAGAGAGAUGCAAAAACGUAAGAAAUGUGUAGAGUUCAUUUAUCAAGGGUUACUUUCUCCAAUUCACCUAUUCAGAUGAAAACUAAUGAAUGAGUUAGAUAACAGCAGGUGCCUGUUCCUCUGAUCCGCUAUUUGCACUUGGUGAUUGACCCACAGCUUCUCCUUACAAUAUCAAUAGAAACACCAAGAAGUACGUGGUGGGAAUAGGCACACUGAUCUGUUACAGGGUGUUUUCAUGAUACAACUCUGUUCUGAAAUGAUGUAUAAGUUGAAACAUGUCAAACUGAAGGGCAGAUUACAUAUGUCUUGACCCAGGUCAGUUCUACACCUUGGACAUCUUUGUCAUGUGAAAUGCAACAAGUUCCUCACUAUGUCUCUUUCCAUGAUGUAGUUUGAACAACUUGGAAAGUUUUGUCACUUUUCAGAAUUACUCUGUUUCCAUGUUUUUUUUUUCCACCAAAACACUUUAAAGUUUUUCUGAAGUUCUCACAUUUUCCUUGAGGUUGUUAACCAGCUUUUCUUUUUAUCAUUGACUGUUGGAGUGUAUGUGCUUUAUGUUUUUAAGCUGAGAUGAUUCCUUGUAUUUAUGAGAUGGCCUUGAAACAGAACCCGAAGAAUGAAGAAUUAUAUUCUCACCUCUUUAUGGCAUAUGUCAGAAUUGGAGAUUACAAAAAGCAACAACAGGUGAAUCUCAUUCACUCAGAUUUUAAAAUUUACUUUUGCCUAAAUGAACCCAAUGGCUUUCAGGGCUUCUUAUAAACAUUAUGCAAAGAUGUUUGUGCCAUUUUCUUACAUUGCUGGUUCAAGCUUUUCAGUUUCAAGUGUUUUAUGCCUGUAAAAGAAAAGCAAUGAGAUUGUAGGGUUACCUUCUGCCUGAAGUGAAUUUGUUUGCAAAUUGAAGUGAAAUAAUGUUGCCUGAACAACUUUCCUUAUUUCAAACUCCUUCCCAACCAAUAUUUGCAAAUGUUUUAUUUCAAAUUUAAAUCAACCCUUUCUCAGUGUGUCAAGUAGUGUUUGCAACCUUGGAGGGGUUAGUUUGGCAUUGGAGAAGAUAGAGUUCUCGAGCUACUAUGCAGAAUUAUUUGGUCAAAUUGUAAUUGUCAGGCCUGUAUUUCACCCAGAGUUGAAGAAUAUUUUUUACCUGUUAGGUAACAUCAUUUUCUUGCAACUUCAUGUCUCAAUGCAAAUCCUGGAAAGGAGACCCUAGUUUACAAACUUUAUGUGCUAUUGCCUCCAGGGCUCAAGUCAUCAAUUUUAUGUGGGAUAGUUAUUAAAAACAAACAAACAAACAAACAAACAACAACAAUAACAACAACUGAAAAACCCUUGUGAAAUUGUUACAAAUCUCUCUCUUGUCCACUUGUCGUGGAGUCCAAUCUAUGUAACUGGUCAUUGAGUUUGUGGAGAUUAAUUGUGAAUGUACUAUUGUUUUUGCAGGUGGCUAUGAAUCUGUAUAAACUGUUCUCUAAGAACCCUUACUACUUCUGGGCUGUCAUGAGCAUUGUGAUGCAGGUAAAAUAUUAUCCCUACUUUUAAAGAUGUGUUCCUUUGAUCAUGUCAUGCAAGUUAUUUGUAUCUAUAAUCAUGCAUGCUCACUCAAAGGAGAUACUGUUCGAAUAGAGAGCUGUUCAUAGUGCUUUAAACCUCUACCCUUGAACCUUUAAACCUUAAGAGUGACCAUUAUCUAAAUUCUCCUUAUAGUAAUACUGCUGAGUCAUUCAUUAAGAUCAUAAGAUCAUUGUAAGAAGAAAAGAAAUGAAUUUUAACCUAAGAGGCUUUGAUUGUUACACAAAGGGAACAUGUAGGUUGUAAAGGGUUAAAACAAGGCAAAUGAAAUCAUCAUCAACAUAAACUACAACUGUUAGAAGAGAUGCUGAAAAUGAAAAAACUACACACCCCUGUAGACCUUCACUUUGUCAUGGCAUAUUUCCCUCAGAAUUAAAUCAUCUCUACUGGCAGAGGAAGGGUGGAGUAAUUCUUGUUGCAUGCUGUUCUUAAGGCUGAUAGUUGGGUGAAAGCAUGUGGUAUUGAUGUGUAAAACAUCUUUCAAUACUGUGGAGGGUCACGAUUUUAGCUCAAUUACAACUUUUGUUGACAAUUCAGGGUUGUCAGUUCAAAAUUUAUACAGAGUUCUGUGUCUUUUAUAAUAACAACCUUUGGUGAGUCAACUAUAUUUGAUUAAGUUUCCCUGUAGUUCAAUUGUAGAAUCUAUUUCAAAUUUUAUGUUUCAGGGUAUAAUGGCUAGUGAAGAGAAACUUGGAAAAACUAUGCUUUUUCCUUUGGCUGAGAAAAUGGUUGAAAAAUUUGUAAACAAAGGCAAAAUUGAAGCUGAAGCAGGUGCAGUAUUUUUUAGUUACCUGUUGCUAUCCCCUAGAUAGCCAUUUAUCCUGUGUUCAGUGUUGUCCAACCUUCAAACAACAAAGGCGAGGUUUUUAAGGGAGUGGGAAACAUGAAUCUUUAUGUCUUAAGCUUGUCCAUAGUUUCUGAAAGAAGCCAUAUGAUGGAAAUAUCUUGCAUCAUGUCAGUUCUGAAUCAGUUUGAUGUUUUCCAUUCUUGAACAUACAAGUCACAUUCCUUUUAGAUUUAGUACUGCCUACUGUGUUUUUUUUUAUGUCAUGAAAAUUAAAUCUUGAUAGUCUCCUUCAAGCUGAAAGUAGCACAUACUGAGGCAAUGCAUUAGCUGUCACAAGUGUGUGUGGAGUUCUAUAUUUUUGAAUACUUUGGGCUUACUGAAAUCCUUUACUUUGUCAACCAGUUUAUCAGUGGGCUUUGCCAAUAUGGUACUGCUUUAGACUUGUUGGUGUGUAAUUACAGAGUUUGAUGCACUAAUUUUAAUUCAGUAGUUAUAUCACAGGAAAAAAAAUUAUCUGAGCACUUUUCCUUACAUUUUUCACUUUUCAGAGGUUCAUCUGUAUUUAAUGAUUUUAGAGAAGCUUGAAUGUUAUGAGAAGGCUCUUGGUGUUCUUAGAAGUGAUUUGGCUGGUGAGUGUGCUUGCAUUAAAACAAACAAACAAGCUGUGUUUUUGUAAACUUUAAAAGAAAUGUGCCAGUAUCAAUUUCAUUACUUUAAAAUCAUCAUCAUCCUUUUCAUCAUAUAAAAUGUAGGAUAUAGGGAUGUUUUUACCUUGAAAGGGCCCUUGUCUCCUCUUGCUAGUUUACAGACUCUCCUUUCAAAUAAACUCUUAUGUAUAAUCCAAAUGAAAUGUGUCACAAUUAAAAUCUCAACUGGCUGGAGGCAAACUACAGGUAAUUGACAAUUUGCAAACAUGGUCAGAGAGUUAACCUUUUGACUCCUAAUAGUAACUAGCAUCUAAUAUCACCUUAUAUUAUCACCCCUGAAUCACACAGUAAAUUCACAAGAUUUAAAACAAAUAAUCACCAACUAAAGAAGCUCUUUAAUGACUGUGAAUAUGUGAAAAUCAUAUAUGUGAACUGCGGGUAAAGAAAUGAAUAUGGAAAGGAUACUCACAAUAAAGAACACUACUUGAGUGACAGGGAAAAUAAGGCCUGAAAAAAAAAAUUCAGGCCUGUACGAGAUUUAAACCCAUGAUCUUGUGAUACCUGUGCAGCACUCUACCAACUGAGCUGACAAGCCAACUGGGUGCUGGUUGUUAUGUUGGUUCCAAAUAAACCCUUGAGAUGCUGAAUAAAUAAAGAAGCUCUGGAUUGUUAAACAAAUUCUCCCUGUCGGCAACUUAAGAAAUAUAUGGAGAACAGUAUGGAGAAUAUGCAUACUGAUUUUGAGGCGUAAAACGUUAAAUUUGGAAUUAACCAGGACUUGCACCUAAAACCUGUGGAUUGCAAUUCUACUUCUCCCACCAAGGAGUCGUACUCCUUAGAUCUUUGAUUAAUCAGGCACCUUUUGUCCAUUUCUUAGCUAAACUGAUUAGUUACAUGGAUGAAAGAGAAGAAAAAGAAGCCAUUUAUUUAACAAAACUCUGCAAAUGGCAUGAAGCAAAUAUAGCAUUUAAGAAACUCAUUUUGAGAAGGUAUUUGGUUAGUUGUAUUUAAUUUCAUGUUAUUUGGUUAAAUUUAUUAUCACCAUUUGCUCUUAGCCUUGUUAUUAAGAUGAAUUUCAAUGUAUUUCAAAAGUAGCCUAUUGUCAUGACUUAGGAAAUCCUCUUUUGCUUCUGAUUCAGCUGUGAAUAAUAGAUAUGUCAAGAGAAGUACAGUAUUGGCUAGGCUGCUAAACAAUAUAAAUAUGAAUAUUCAGGCAUACACUUUUUGUUAUAGUAUGGAUUUUGAGCUUUAUUAACUCCAUAACUCCAAUGAGUGACCAAGAAAGAAUUUCUCCUUACAAUAUCAAGCAGGCAGGUGAUGAGAAUAAUGAAAAAUGUCAAUUAAGGGAUUAUUAGUUGAUUCAAUGCCAAGUUCUCCAAACUAAUAUUAUAAGAAUUGUGUACCAGACAGAAAGGAGAAUCACUAAUAAGAUCUUGGGAAUGAAAAGGUUUAACUUAAUUGGAGAUGUACUGUAAUUUUUGUUUUCUUAUUUCUCCUAGGCCAGAUCAGUGGUCAUACUACCAGUCAUACCUAACCUCAGCUUUCUCCCUUAUAAAACAAAACUGGAAACCAGUUGAUGAGUCAGAGUAGGUUUCAUUCACAUGAUUUUUGUGAAGGGUGAUAAUAAUGUGUAGAAGAAUCUGAUGAGAAGGUGAUGGGUUUUUCUGGGAAAUAUUUCAACUUAUGAAUAAAGAGCUUUUCAGUGAAAGUGUUUUAAAAGAAAAGCCAAGUACAUUCCAGCCAUAAACUUCUGCACAUUAAAUCUAUGGAUUGACUUCUUGAUCACAUAAAAAUCCAAAUUCUUUAUAUUUUUCCAACUGCACUCUUGUUUAGUCAUUUGUGUACUUUUUCUUAUUUGUUUUUCAGAGAACUUCCUGAUUAUUCUUUAGAAAUGAUUGACAAAUUCCUAGCAUCUGUUGUGGAAGCUGAACAAACUAAAGAAAAGAGAUCAUGCAGAGGACCUUAUUUGGCACAAUUGGAACUGGAAAAGCUUUGUAGUCAAGAAUGUAUUCACUGUGAUUCAAGACAGAGUGAGUUGCUUGGAUACAUGUAUUGAAUAAACCUAAAUGUGCUGUGUCAUUGAACCUGGCUAAUGUCGGCAGUGUUUGUGUCUAUACAGGGUAGACAAUAAUGUAUAUUUUCAAGGUUCCCUAACCCCCCAUAUUUGUGCCUUUGACCAAAAAGGAAAGAUACUUAAGACCAUCUGACUCUCAGAAACAUAGGCAUGCAUAGCAUUCAAGAGUUAUAGUUUUGGCUGGGUGGGUUGAGAUGGGUCACCAUGGUAUGAUUGAUGUGAGAUACAUAACCUAAUGGGGCAAUCUGAUUAAUUGCAAUAAUGGUGCAAAAUACAUACCCUUAUGUGGCAAUCUGAUUGAUGCAAGAUACUCACCCAAAUGUGGUGAUCUGAUUGGUACAAGCAACUUACCACUCUCCAUACUAACAAAGAGUUUUUUUUCUUUUUAAAUAACUCAAAAACUCCUGAUAACGAAAAAAACACACCUAUUUGUAAACCCACCGUGCAAACUCCUUUGAAGUCCUGACAUGUUCUUUAAAAUCUUUAAAUGAAUCAAUUUUAAUUUAUUUGAAAAUCUAUUUACUCAUCUCACUUAAUCUACAUGUAUCUACACGACACUUUUGACACUAGUGAUCAUGGAAGUGCCUAGGAAGCUCAAAAUUUAUGAAUUAAUCUAGGCCUAGCAGGGGAGAAUCUUACCUCAAAAUUAAAGGAAUUCAGGUUAAAAAUCUGGCAAAGGAUUUGCUCUCUUGUUGCAAAAUUAUCUGUUCUUGUCUUCUUUUAGUGUAAUGGGACAUGUUACCCUGGAGUACAAUGUGGGUCACAAGCACCUUUGGGUUCGAAAUUGUCACACGAAACUUUUGUAACAGUUUUGCUCAGGUUGCUCAUAGGGUGGGCAGUGCUAUCUAAUACUUGUAUGAUGUUUAGGUCCAGGUGCACAAAACAGAUUACUCUAUCAUCUGGAUAGUGAUUUAUCUGCUACAUAGCAUUAUCUACCUUGGAAACUAUUAGAGACAAAUGUGUAUGUGUGGGCCAGUUUUCUUAGUGGGCAGAAAUAUAAAAUGCUUUAACUCAUCAUGAAAGCUUUGUCAAGAAUAGUCAAUCUGAAUUACAGAUUUAAAUUAUAAUUCAAGUUGUAGACACAUAGUUAGCUUGUUCCAUUUUUUGUGAAAUGCUAAUGAUGUUUGGUGUGUUUCUCUUAUUUUUAUUUUCAGGUUCAACUUCUAGUGUAUAUUUAUUAAUAGAGUAUUUUAAACGGUUUGGAGACAAGCACUGUUGUUUCUGGGACCUUGAACCUUAUUUACAUCUGAAUCUACCAGAAAUACUGGACAAAGAAAAGGUAAAAUAGAUUGGAAAUAAAGUCUUGAACCCUCAACAGUCUUUAACACUCAGAAAAGAUGAUGCAAGACAGAGAGUAUUUUUAUAGAGUAUUUAAGUCACAGCAUGUCUGUCCAAAAAUGCACACAAUAAUGAAUAUGGCAAAUUUUACUGAUGAGAAUUAUGAAUUUGGUGAAUGCUGAAUAUGGCAGAACGUUGUCACAUUCAUGGUAGCCUCCUUAAAACUCGUUUGCGAUAAAGUUGGAUAUUGAACAGAUUGAAUGGCUUGGCUUGUUUGGCAAAACUUGUCAUAUCUGCCAUUCUCGCCCAAUUUAAAUCAUUUGUCAAAACACUGUCCAGUCCAUUACCAAAAAAUCUUGACCCUUUGUUUUAGUUUGUGGAAGCAUUAAGGAAUGCCCUUCCAUCAAUCAGUGAUGAAGAUCCUGAAUCAUCUCAUGUAUGUAAAGUAUUGUUGUGGCUAAGUUUUACAGAAGUUGUGAGUAGUAGUUACUAGAAAGUCUUCAGUUAAGGAAAGCUGUGAGCCUGUUGGACUGAGUGAGUACAAUUCAGGGAAUAAUCUGGCAAAUGAACAAUUCAAAACUAAUGAAGUACAUGAUUUGAGUCUUGUCUGAUUACCUUUGGGUUGUAUGACAUGAGGAUCAGUCACUAAAGAAUUCUAUCUAUAUUGAAUUUUGAUGCUAAAAAUUCUCUCUCAUUCAGUAUUUUGCAAAGCAAAGAGAGCAAUCAGAAAGAACCCAUUUAAAUAAAGAAAAAUGGUGUGUGAAUGGUAAAGGUGUCCAAGAACAGUUAUUAAGUAAUGAGAAUUUUGUAAGAGUAAUGUAAGAAUUGAUCAUACAGUAGCUGAGGAUUACUAAUGUCAGUAGUCUUUGGUCCAAGUCGGUGAUAAAUAGGGUUGUGCUAGGUAUUCAUAUGGACUCUGUCUGGCCAUUGCUAGUUUCUACCCUCUGUCAUUCAAUUGCCCUCUAGGUCAGUAGUAGCAGAAGGUGCAGUAGUUCUAAUCUUAGCUGCUUUCAUGUACACAAAUACUAUUUAGUGAUUGUGAUACUGUUUUUUUUCUUAGACAAGACUGAUGCUGAGGAGAAUGAAUAUUGAACUGAUUUCAAGACAUUUAGGAUUUCACUACUCUCUUUCCUGUGAUGAAAAAAUUGCUUUAUCAAAGGAAUAUAUGAAGCAGCACAAAGAUGGUUUGGUUUAUGGUUAGUACGCUAUUGUGACCAAAAUAGCAAUUAUUUUGUAGAUACAUUUAUGUAGAUCCAUGAAGCUUGGCUUCAUGUCAUAGAAAAAUAAGAUUGUUGUGUGGAUCAGUGUAGUAAGUGUGCUCCAGUUUGUCAAGUUUGGUUAUGUGAAAGCCAUAGUGGGAAGAUGUUGAAGAGCUUACAGUCUAUAUUGUGCAUUCUAGGCUGAACUUUUGUUAGGACAUUGAUUGUUGGGCAAGAUACUUACCAACUCUAAAAGUAAGGCCUGACCCACUUCCUCAGUACUUACUCUCCUAGGCCUUUCUAUUUCCACAAGUACAUAGUGUACAAGUAGCACACAUUUAGUGGGUGGUAUUUACUGAUUACAGAUGCAGCUGUUCAGAUUAGGGACUCUGGGAUAGUUUAGCAUCCCACACAGGGGUCGCAACAAGACUUUAUUCUAGCAGACUAAGAGGUGUAGGUUCAAGCUUUGGCUGGGUCAUUGUGUUGUGUUUGUGGUCAGUGCUCUUAAUGGCUUCAUUCAGGAGACACUAGCAUUAGCUUUGGCAAUAUGGGUUACUUGGCCUUGAAGACAAGUGCCUUAAUGGCAUCUCCCAUUAUUUAUGUGUGUGAGAUGACUUGGUGGUUGUUAUAUUGGAUGUCCAAUCGAAAGGUCAAGGUUUAGGCCCAGACUGGGUCUCUGUGUAGUGUUGUUGGACUAAAGACUUGACUGUCAGACUACCUCUUCCUGCUGAUGGCUAACAGCAAACUUUUAGGAAACUUGAUGAAUUGUUGGGGAAAGGAGGCCUUAGGGCCUUUCCAUACAAACAAUCAUAACUAGAAUUGUCCUGACAAAACCAAAGAACAAAUUUUGUCAUCCAAAUUUAAAAUUUCAAAGCUGUCCAAUUCCAUUAGCACCUGAUCUGUUCAUAAGACCAGCUAGCAUAGUUUGCCAAAGGAUUCCAUGUUCAAUUUCCAGAAUUUAUCCUUAGUCAUUAUAAAACUUUAGAAUCCAAGUAAACUGAUUUCAGUUCAAUUACACACUGGUCGUAGCUUUUAUGACAAAUGAUCCACAAGUUUAUCGUGGUUUUGUUUCAGUCAAUUUGUCCAGUUUUUACUCAGGACAAAUUUUUUUUGGUGGUGCAUUUGAAGAUUUGUCCACUUCAGCCAAAAUUUGUCAAGUUGCUGAAAACCAUCCACACCUCUGAAAUGUUGCCGAUGACUGAAAAUUUGUCUAAAUAAACAACUUUUUCACUAGUGUGGAAAGGCCCUUACUUGGGAAGGACCAUUUCAGGGGAGUGGUAACACUCCCUGUAUCUUCAUUAUCAUGAAACUUGAAUAACUUCUGACCGUAAUGGUUGGCUAUUUGUGGCUCAAUUCUGGAAGUAUCUUCUUAUUGAAUUUAAUCAUUAUAAUUAUUUGUCAGGUCAGAGUCUUUUGCCUACUGAACUUCAGUACAGUGAUGGGUUUGCUCAACUGGCUUCACACCUUUUGUUAGAAGUAAAUUAUGAAUCAGGUAUUUUUUCACAAUAUUGGUAGUAAUUAUUGUGGCCGUAAGUUCUUAAAAUGAUAAUUUCUUUACUGUAUGGUGUCCUUGUAAAAUGAUUAUUCAUAGAAAAGGUGAUUAAUUAUCCACUUGCAUCAGCAUUUUUGAUAAACUGAACAAAUUGCCAAUUGUCUAAUUUUUUUUUUUAAUUAUGCUAACAUCUUACACAGCUAACACACAUGUGAGCCUUUUCUUUUUUUUUAGCCAGAAAAAUUAAGUUAAAUUGAACUGUAGAUCAAAUAAUUAAUUUCAAAUAAUAUGUGGUAUAGCAGUACAGCCAAUUGUGAAUUAGCAAGGUCUUGGUCACAAGUUUGGUUGCUGCUGGUUAAGUUAGUUUCACCUAAUACUCUUUGCAUCAAUUCAAUGAAGAAUUUCUAGAAACUCUUCUUAACAGCAAUUUGUUUUCCAAUGAAGGAAAUACAGACAUGAACUGGCACCUUCUUAUCAUGUUAGAGAGCGCAUUAAAGGCAAGUCCUUCCAACCAUCAGCUCAAACUCCUACUGAUGAAAGUCUAUUGUUCAAUGGGUAAGAUUUAUCCUUCCAUAUAAGUUCACUUUUAAAUGCACUUUGUCUUCUCAGUGUGUCAAAAAUUAAAAAGAAGAAUUCAUCUACAGUGUAGCUAUUACCUUAAUAUCAGAGUCUUACAGUAAUGACUGUCAUGAAUUUUAAAUGGGUUGUGCUGUUGGCUUUCCAAUGAUGAGGCAAAUCCAACUCUUAUUAUAAAGUGAUAAGAUGAGGAGAAACAGAGCUUCACUGAGGAAAGGCCUACAACAGUCUUCUGUAUUUGAUUAUCAUGUUAAUCAUGGACCAGGAUUGUGUUGCAGAGUUUGCAUGGUCUUAAAAGCAAUAGUUGGAAUGCCUAUGUUGCAUAGAUAGGGAGGAAGUGCUUGUGUACAUGUGUAUGGUAAUAGGUGUGUAAAAUUAAAAGUGAAUACUAUUUCUUAGGAGCAGAGAGUAAGUUUAUAACAAAAUUAUGUGUAGAUUUUGGCAGUGGCAAACUCAAGGUAUUACUUUGUUAAUUAUUUUUCUGUUGAACUGGAAUUCAAAGUAUAGGUUUUCUAUCAUGUUAGGAAAACUGAAGAACCAGGAAAAACCAUGUAGCAAGGACAAGAUUCUGUCACCACCUCAAUUGAGAUGUUACCCAUAGCUGCAGCAAAGGGAGGGGAACAAUCUUGCCUAUGCACCCCUCCUCCCAUACCCUACAUACCACAAAAUAUCCGGAGAGUGGAUGGAAAACUUUAAUUACUGAAUUACUCUGAUGAAUAGAAAAAACCCUGAAAAGUUGGUCAAUGACAUAAGUUCAGGUAGCCCUGAGUGAAUGACAGAUAAGUGCUUUUUGGCUUCUAAGAUGACCAUCUAAUUCACUCCUGUUUAUAGGUGCUGUUAGUCCUUGUCUAGCACUUUUUGAAGGAUUAGAAAUCAAGCACAUCGAACAAGAUGUUGUUGGGUAAGAAGAAAAGGGAAACUUUCCUAUCAGCUAUAAUUCUGACUGAUUGCACAGAUAUUUGCACACUUCCUUGAAGCAAUGUUCCAAGUUACUUCAUGCUAUAGAGGCUGGGAGAAACUCCAGCUGGCUUGAAUACUUAAGGCUUGAGUACAAACUUCUAUCUUUCUGAGGGACAUCUCAACCUGGGGAACACUUUUUCAGUCUUCAGUGUCUUAUCAUACAGAUCAUUAGUUGAAGGAGUGCAGUUACAUGUACAGGAGAAGAUUUUGUCAUUAAUACUUUUAAAACACAAAAAACAAAUUGCAUCAUAUGCACAAAUCACAACAACAGCAUAACCUUUGCAUCCUUUGAAAUAACAUAGUUAUUUUCUGAGGGGCUAGAUAAUCAUUUUUCAAGAUGCUUUUUGAAUCCAGGUUUUUUUUCUUCAGUAAUGAAUGGCAUAGUAACUAAAAUAGCAAUGCUAAAGAUUAUUUCAUUUUUCCCUUUAUGUAUUUUUUUUCCAGUUAUACUCUGACACGAUACGUUGAAGCCCUUGGUCAUUUUGAGGCAGCUUCAUCUGUGUACUUGACCACUUUAAAAUUCUUUUAUGGAAACCAAAAAAAUGUAAGUUACACACAUUAUUUGUCAGCUAUUAAAUUGUGUACAACAUCUUAACAUCAAACUACAAAGAGGGGUGAAACAGCAAAUAAGAGAGAUAGCUUUUGAUCCACCUCUCUCCUCCUAUGUCUUGCUCUGUCCUAUUUCUUCUCCCGUAGAGAUUGUUGUUGUAAGUGUUGAUUGCCCUCACAUUUGCAGGUAGUACACAAUAAAUUAAAUCUUGUUUGGAGAAAGUAGACUCUCAGAAUUGGAUAGAAAAGCAAAUAGGUCACAGUUCCGAGAUCAAUUAUCUAAAAGUGAUAUUCAUGUCGGCAAGUUCUGUUGUCUCAAGUCUUCAGAUAUGAAGAUCGCUGUGUUUCUUUUUAGACCCCUGAACACAUCAUAGCUGCAUACAAGUAUGGAUCAUUUGAAAAGGUGAGAUAAUCAUUUUCAGUUAAAUGUGGAUCAAUUUGACCCUCCCAAGUAAUAUUAUGCAUUGUCCAAACAACAAGACAGUUGGGCAAUAUUCACUUAACCCUUUAACUCCCAAGAUCUGAUUGUUAAUUCUCCCCUCCAGCUGCCACACAUUUCCUUGUAAAAGAGUCACUUGAAUUUGAUGUUAGAUCAAGACUAUUAACUUCUACCUGAUAAGUUUGAGUAUUCUCGAUACACAUUGGGUGGUUAAUGUUUGGAUGUUGUAGGGAGAGGUUACAUGUUAAUCAUUCAUGGGAGUUAAAGGGUAAAGGAGGAAGUGCAUUUCAUGUACUUAAAUUACAUCAACUGGUUCAUAUGUUUUGAAUCUAUGUUAUUAGUAGCAUUGGGUAGCAUCAUUAACAGCAGAUGCACUUAAUUUUCUUUAAAUAAUGGAUAACAUUCUGUGGAAAGGACUUACUAGGCAAACUGUUGCUAUAUACUCAUGAAAGCAACACAAUGUACAGUAAGUGGACAUUGUUCUGUCUUUUUGUCUCCAUGCUUGCAUCUUGAUAAGUUUCUUUAAUUUACUAUGCUUCUUGUCCUACAAUGACUUUUUUAAAAUUUUGGUGUUGUCAGAUUCCAGAGUUCAUUGAUCUCAAGAGACGACUUGAUCUUUCACUGCAUUUUGCCACAGUAAAUUAUGAAAACAUGCUCCUUGACGUGUUCACCAAGGCAAACAGGUUAUAACAUUGUUUUGUCUUUUAAAGCAUUUCUGUAGCAAUAAAAAUUUUUCACACAUGGGCCAUUCUUUUUAGCCUUUCAGAUGUCCAAAGUCAUUUUGAUGAAAAGAGCUUGCUUGACAAGUGUUCUGUAGAGAGUAAGUCUUUUUUCUAUGAUUAUUCUUCAAGAUAAAGUUUGUGCCCAAGUGAAAACCAUCACCAUUGGGUCUUACUUGGGAUAAUGUUGGGAGAUUUCAUCAGUCGAGAUAUUGGUAGGGUGAUUUUCUUUAACUGUGAAAUUGAUGUGGUUUUGUUGUGCCAUCUCCUGUGAUUUGUUGAAAAACUUGUCUACAAACUUUGCAUGAUGGUAAUUGCUGAAUUACCAUUACCUGUUACCUACUUUUUUUUUUAACCAUUUUUUUAAUGGUUAAUGUGGCUUUUUUCACUUUGGGCCAAUGAUUUAAACUUUGAGUGUAGGUAGCAUCAAAUUUCUUCUUACAAUAUCACCCAUGAAUGAAAUAUUAAGGUAACGAGAAGAAAGGAAAUUAUAACCUAUUUGUACUAAAGAAACUUUUGAUUGUCAAAUAAAUCCUCCUUGUCAGCACCUCAGGAAAUGCACAGAAACAGUAUGGAGAAUAUGCAUACUGAUGGUUGGGUGUGAAAGGUUAAGCAUGAAGGAGAAUAUAAAAAGAGCAAGAAAGAAAUUAUGAUUUGUACAAUAUUUCACUUUGAAUGGUUGUAAGUAUGCAGUUAAUGUCUCUUUAGAAUACUGGAUGAAAGACCUGAAGGAUAACAGGGAUUUAAAAAUACUUCAAACCUGGGAUGUCCCAGAAAGGUAUGUAAAUACUGGGUGUGAUUUCCUCUUCAUUUUGGGAUUCAUCUGAACACUGAUCUGGUUUUCUUAAUGUAACUAGCCACAAAUAAUUUUGAUUGUUUAAAAUAAUCUUAAUUUGUAAGUUACUUGGGGAGUGAGUUAAGUUUUAGUUGAUUGGAUGUCUCAACAUCACACACCAGUGAUACUUUCACAUUCUGACAGCCUUUUCAGUGAUGAGUCAAAUCCAACUCCUAUUUUUUAAUCAUAAAAUGAGGAGAAGUAGAGCUUUCCUGAGGAAAGGCUUCAGUAUAUUUACUCUCAAGAAACAACUAGUUUGAGUUUUAAAAAAACUUGAAAGGUUUAGCCUGUUAGAUUGACCUUUGAUUAGAUAUUUGGUCUGUUCAUUAAUGAGUUGGUAAGUGAAGUAGGUAUGUUUUUAUUUAGUACUGAUUAAUUUGAAUUUUUUAGGCAGUUGUCAAAAGAGCAGCAGUUAAGAUGCGAAGAGCAAGAGGUGAGUUGAAGUGUUUUUAAAUGUCUUCUCUUUGGACUAUACUCCUAAUUGUUGUUAGAUUAAAAUUUCCCUAUUAUUAUUAUUAUUGUUAUUAUUAUUGUUAUUAUUAUUAACAUGUUGGUUGAUAUUUCGGUCAAAGCUGUGUUUUUCACUUGUUUCAUAAUUGUAGACUCCAUACUUAUCACUGAGUUAUCCUGCUGAAUAAUGAAAAACAAAUUUAUUUCUUUGUUUGGUAUGCAAAAGGUAGCUCACGUCUGCUCUAUUUUACAGGUACUCUGGUUAAGGUUGCGGUUCCUUAUUCUGAGAGCCCUUGCAGUAGCUGUCUCUUUGAUACCAAAACCUCAACAAAAUAUGCAAAACAUGAAUAAUGGAGAAGCUUCCCCAGCUUAUCCUUUAGCAGAAGUGAUUGAUGAAUUGAAGGAAACAUUGCAGGAAGUUGAUUUGCACCCAGGAACAAGGGCAAAGGUGUGAACAAAAUGACAGUUGGAGAAUCAAUAGAACCAGGAGCCCAUUACUUGGCUCCCAAAAAAAAUUACCAAUAGUUGAUUUAAAAAAAUGUAAAUCCUCAGAUGGAUUUGAAACUUUGACAGAGUUUUAGUUUACAGCUGGCUUCUCCCAAAUCUUCCUUGGUACUCUACUUUGCACUGUAGUUGUUAGCAAAAGAGGAAAAUGUUGUAGAUCAAUUACUGUACAUAUUUAUUCAGCUGUAUGCUGAUCCUGGCAAUAGGCUGAGACCCCAAAAAUCAACUUUACAAAUGCAAAUUAUAAAUAAAAAACACUGGGCUUUAAGCAGAGAUCCAUUACAAAACUUUAUGUUUAACAAAGACCUAACAAUUUUUCACUGAUAUGCUAAUGCAACCUGACUUACUUUGUUUGUAAAGCUGCCCUGUCUGGGUCCACCAAGUUCAAGGCUGCCAGGGUUUUUGGAUGGUCAGCAUGGAGCAAUGAUUGUAGCUAUGGUAACUGUUUGCCAUGAAUGUCAUAGUUUACAUCAUUCUUCACAAGGUGUUUGUUAUUUUAAUUUGUUUUAUCCCUCUAAUUAUUUUUAUUUUGCCUCAAAAUCAAAAAAUGUGAGCCAAGAAUAAGUCCGGGAAGGUGAAGUUUUCAAGCAGCAGCAUUCCAAUGAUGCGUUCAAUCCAUCUCCUACAUUUUUAAUGAGGAAUAAUAAUCAUGAUAACUGAGGAAUGUGGUUGUUAUGAAAACAAGGAAUAAACUAAAUGUGAUGUAACAUUUUGUAAAUACUGUUACACCACAAAAGUUUAAUAACUGACACAAAAUAUAAUGGUGAGGAAAAUGUGAUAACCUUUGUGACAACACUUUGACUUAAAAUAUUGUUUAAAAAAAUGUAUUACUUUUUUUGUUAAAAGUUAAUGAAUUUAGCCUUACUGUGUUUUUCUUGGAUGUUUUCCAGUUUGUGUCAAUUAUUAAAUUUUGUGGUGUUCCAUAUGCAAGAAAUCUCUCACACAGUAGGCAUAUAUGCAUAUUUGAAGGGAAUAAAUGCUCAUAAAACUUUGUCCUUUUAUUUUAGGCUUUUUAUGACUUUUUAGGACUGUUUUUUGUAGGCAACCAAAUUUUUCUGUCUGGCAACCUGGCAACUGAAAAAACAAUUUGGUCACUACUUUCACACAUGCACUAAACACUGAAUUUUAAAUAUUUUAUUCUUUGAACAAAUAUUGAAGAAAAUGAUAGAAAGUAUCUAUCAGACUUGAUACCAUUCAUAACUUGUUCUUUCAAACUCAAAUAUCUUUGUUCCCUUUGAUCUUUUGAACAGAUGCUGGUACAACAGAUAGAUGGAAUCGUAUAAGACACAACCUGGAUGUAGUGACUGAAAUUUUGAAAGGUAAUUUCUCUUGGUACUAAAAGCUGAUAAUGAUAACGAUAAUGAUUUUUAAUGAUUCCUAUCCUCAGAACUCUUUACUGUUCACUAUACUACAGCAAUGUCUUUCCAGUGAUGUUACCAAUCCAUCUCUUAUCUAAUUUAUGCAGAAACUGUAACUGACUGAGGAAAGACCGCUUAAUUUAAUUCCAGUAUAUUUAGGUUAAGAUGUUACACACUCAGAUAGCCAAAAAAAACUUGAUUGAAUUUUUUUUCUAAUUAUUUCAACUUGAAAGUAAAAAUGGUUUUGUAUUUGGUAAAGAUAUUUUCUUACAUGCUUCCUUCUCAUGUGUAAUAAUCAACCUUGUGUGUUUUUUCACUUUCUUAUUCGGUCAAAUAUAUUUUUGGUAAGGAAGUUUUUUUUCUGCCAUGGUAUGCAGGUAAAGUGUACUUACAAGAAUACAAGAAUUUCCUUCAUAAUAUAAUAUUUUACUGUAACAUUUGGCUUGCUCCUUCCCAGCUAGCUCUAUAGAAUAUUGAUUUUGUACAUUAAUACUGACCCUAUGAAAAGAUUGUGGCCUUUGAAUUUAGACUUAACAAGAAACUGAAGUUCAGCAUACUUUAUUUUAAAUGAGCACAGUUUCUCAGUAAGCACCCUUUUUCUCUUUGUUUUAUCUGAAAUGAAGCUGUGAAUGCCUACAUGAACACUUAAUUAAUGUCCUGUGGAUGUCUCCUUAAGACAGCUUUCACUAUUAAUAUUAUUACUAUUUGGCAUCAUGCCUGUAGCAGAAAAGUGAACGCAGAAUUUUGAAUUUCCCUUUUUCCCAUCAAGCCUAAAGAGACACUUGUUUCCUACUUAAGCUAACACUAUGAGAUUGUUUCAUGUCUGUUGUCAACAAACCAAUUUUUUCUUCCACUAAUAUAUGUGUACUGCUGUUUAGGUUGUAUUUCAGAUUGUUUAAGUAAGCUCACCACAGGCAGUGGAGAAAAAACAAUGUUCAAUGGAUAUGUUUUAGAAACUUUGGUUCUCUUGGUUGAGGUAAUUGAGAAUGGAGUAUUUUCCAUUUCAUGUUAAGAGUUAUUGUUUAGUUAGUAACUGUAAUUAUCAGAUUGAGAAGGUCACUGAAUUAGAAUUGGCUCAGAGAAGGAUAUUUCAUGUUUAACACUCAGUUUGAACUAGGUUACAAAUUCAUGCUCUCACAUAAUUAUCUUGCUGUCACAUAUCUGUGGUAGUUAAAUAGUUAGCAGUAGUUAGUGGCUAAUUUUCAAGGGCUUUGAUAAUAUUGCCCAGAACUUUUGUGUACACUAUGGCUGAAAUUUGAAGAUUUGAAUUAUAGCUUGAUAGCUGUAACUUAUGAUUUUGGAUAAAGUGGUGUGUCAAUUGUUAUAAGUUUGAUUCAUACUUUAUGUCUAUACAUACUGGAUUUAUUUUGUGGGACAAUGUGGUUAUUGCCACAAUGACACUUGCUUUAUGAAUACUUGGAUUUGGAAGAUUUGUAUUGUAAUUUAACUUCACAAUUUCUUCUUUUGCAGAGCUGUUGUUGUGUCCUUCUUUUAGCAGCUGUAUGCUGUAGCUUUUUACAAAAAAUGUCAGGUAGCAAAAAGACCAAGAAGAAGAAACCUGCUCCCACAAAAACGGUUAGUAAAGAGAACAUUAUGACAUAAGGCUCACUCCAAUGAUCAAGUUUGACUGACCAACCAUCUGGCUCAUGGACUGAUUGUCUGAUUGUAGGACUGUCUUUAGAACUGAGUAGUUACCUGAUCAAGUCUAAUCCAGUGGCACAAGUUAAGGUUAAACCAAAAAAAAAAAAAAAAAAAAAAAAAGGAAGAUUGGAAUGAGUGAAAAAUCCUAGUGGGGCUUGUAAAUGAUGCAUUUGAGAUCUUAAUUGAAGAACAGGAGGAUUCUUACACAAAUUUGAGCUUGAGUAAUUUAGGAACUCCGUUCCAAAGCUUGCCUCAAUAGCUUUAUUUACACUAACACUACUGUACUUAAUAUAUGUUACCUUUUUUUUUACCUCUAUCAGAAUGAAGAGAUGGCACCAUUUAAAGAGUUCCUAUCAAUGCUUAAAUCUUCUCUCACAUCCCUACAUUCAGCACUUGUAGAAGUGAAUGUUUCUCAGCUCUCUGAUGAGCUUUUGGAACUGGAUUUAGUUGAGCUAGACAAUGAGGUAAAAACUAGUCCUACUCCUGUAGAGCAUAAGCUAUGCUUUGAUUUGUGAUAGAUAUAUAAAAAAAGAUGAUUGCAACAAAAGUACUAGUUUGUAAAGUAUUAAAUUGUAAACAUGUGAUAAUGAAAGUCAAUCUAUCAGUUAAUUAUCAAGUUUGUGUUGAAGAAGUGUAUUGUGUUUGUUCCUCAGACCAAGUCUUCCAUUGUGUCCGAGAUUUGGGAGAAACUGCAGACCAGCUAUAAACAGUCAGUGAAGGAGAUCACAGAACUUUUACAUCACAAAGUUGCUUUUGCAAAGUCUCUGCGUAUUUAGGCAUUUAACAAUUAAUACAUUUCAUCAAUGGAUAUCACAACAAAUAAUUGAGAAAUUCUUAGAGGAGAGUUGCAUCUUGUAUUGUCAUUACCUUUUGUGUUGAAGAAGGCAAGAUAAGACAUGGAGUUGUGCAACAUUAAGGUUUGUCAAGAAGGGAUUUAAUGUGUUGUUAGUGGCCAAAAGAGUGAAAGCUAUGGCUUUGAAGGGAAGCUCUACUCGCACCUGCAUGUUAAGGAAGUGGAAGGAAGGUGGUUCCUUUUGCAGAAUGGUUUAUGGUUAGUGGAAAAGCAGAUGCCAUUUUAUCAGCCUUGCAUCAUUGUGGUUUUAUGACGAUACAAGUAUGGUAAAAUUGGUGAUUGUAAAGAUAAUGACGAUUCUGAAGAGUUCAGACCUUUUUUGGGGGAUGUAAGCUUCUACUUCUCCAUAUCUUUUGGAUUUAUGUGUGAUGCAAGUGGUUCUCAUCAGCAAAAAUGUGCCUCAAUCACACAAGAACCCUACACACAGACUCUCCCUGCCCACAAUGAUACCUUCAAGCUACUAUCACCAUCUUGUGACUUAGUUCCUGGUCUGAACAAGUAUAUUGAAGACUUAGAGAAUUUUGAAAAAGAUGCAAGACUUUGAUAAAAAAAUAAUAAAUGUAACAAAGAAAAAUAUUUCAAGACCCACUACAAAGGCUGUCAGCCAUCAGCUGCUGGUCAAUCAGCUGACUGAUGGCCAACAGGUUUUUCUGGGACCUGUUCUUCACAGUUACCAAAAGUCUGCAAAAUGGUAUCACUUGCCACCUCUAACAUUACUAUCACACAGUGACUUUGGAAUCAUUGUGCACUUGAAUUUGUAUUUCAUAGUGUUUCAUCAUAUUGAUGGUACAACAUGUUAGCUGAUGGAUGAUUUGACUGGAAAAUAAACAUGUAAGCUACUUUUUUUUGGUUAUGUGGUACACAAAGUGUAACCACCCAUAGAAAAACUGAUAACUUGAGUUGGAGAGGAACAUCUGCACUUUUUAUGUUAGAACACCUUUGGAAAGCAGUCAAAAUAAGGACACCACAACAUCAGAAAAUAGUGCUAAUAUGAAUAUUUUUAAAUCAUGCAUGGGUGUUUUUUUAGUGACCAAUUUAGAUGUCUGCCAGCAUGAUGCUGAAUUUGAUGCAAAACCAGAUUUUUUUAAGCGCAAUCCUUAGAGUAAUAAAAACUAAAUGUAGAGUG